GAGUGUAUUGUAGAAAAGACACCACACCGCCAGAUGUUGUUGAAUGUUUUUAAGCUGGUGAAUGUAAAAAAGAUUCUAAUUGAUCUAACACGAGCUGCAAUACACAGUAGAAACAUUGGCGACUAGUUUUGUAAAAUCAAUUUAAAAUUGAGCAAUGAACGAUCUACAAAUACCAAACAUUGGAUUCGGAACAGCGUCGACAGUUCAAGAAAGCUACGGUCAAGCUGAAACAGCUGUAAAAGUUGCAAUCGAUCUGGGUUAUCGCUACUUCGACACAUCAAAACUGUACUUCAACGAAAGUGAAAUUGGGCUAGCGAUCGCUCAAAAACUGGACGAAAAUGUCAUCCAACGAGACGAUAUUCUGGUGGCAAACAAAUUCUGGUGCGUGUAUGACGACUGUGCAACGAUAGAGAAGUCGUGCCGUGAAUCUUUGGAAAAAUUGAAAUUGAAUUAUUUCGAUGUGUAUUUGCUGCACAUUCCGUCGCGGUGUGUCUACAAAGGCGAGGAAAUAUUUUUCCCUUUAUAUUCGGAGCCGAAAAAUCAGAUGAGAGACACUGAUUACGUGAAAGCCUGGAAAUCGUUGGAAUCAUUGGUGGAAAUCGGUCUAGCGAAAAGCAUUGGAGUGGCCAACUGCACACAGGUUCAACUCCAACGAAUACUGGACGAAGCAACCAUUAUGCCGAAAAUCGUGCACAUCGAAUGCUGUCCGGGACUGCAUCAAAAGAAGCUCAUCAAAUACUGCAACGAUCAGAACAUUUUGGUGUCGGCUUACUGUCCGUUAAAUCGACCCGAUUUUCGGGAAUUCGCUGAGAGCUACAACAAUCACAGUGGAGUGCUGGACAUUUGCCGGAAAUACGGGAAAACGUCGUCGCAACUGAUUCUACGAUAUUUGUUUCAGAUGGGAACGAUACCCGUUCCGAAGUCAAUAACUCCAAGCCGAAUGGGUCAGUACAUUGACAUUUUUGAUUUUGAACUGACCGAUGCAGAAAUGGAUUUAAUCGAUACGUUCUACGUGGAUGAACGUUCCAUUGAUUUGGAGCAAGGACUCAAUCCGCACCAGUUUCCAUUCAUGCGCAAAAAGAUACCGGUUUCAUCCAAGUGUAAAUUUUGAAUUUCUUUUUUUUGUGAAAAAAUUCAAUUUACCAAUUGGGCUCCUUUCGGAUAUGAUUUAUCAUGCAGAACAAUCAGAACAAUCGUCGAUAUGAGUGUGGUGUACUUAAAAUUGUGCGGAUUUUUGAUCAGAGUGUAAUUAGCGUGCAAUUUAUUGAAUUAAAAAAUCAUUAAACGAGAAUCACACUUCCACUUCAGCCAUGCGCAAACAU